CAGCCGAGGGGGAGCGCGCGCGCGCGAGCUAGCUAGCUAGCAGCCAACUGGCAAGACCGGUGGGAGAGCAGCGCGAGCGAGCGCACGACGAGGGGGGUGAGAGCGAGUGCGCGGGCAGCCGAGACGUGUGUGGAAACAGGAAGCGGAGCGGAAAAGCCAGCGCGAGGAUCGAGGAGAGCCUGUGUCGGAUGACGAGCACUGCGUCGUUGGGUGACCACUCUACCGCUCGCUUCCAGGACAAAACAAGAAUGUCGAUAUUAAGGAGUCGCGAAGAGGAAGGCAUUUUUGCGCUACUUUUUGUACGCGUGGGAUUAUUUCGUGCCCGUGUGACGGCGCCUCUUAACUGACCGAGAGAGCGCUCAAAAAGGGGAGUGACUCCGGAGUGGUCUUCGGCUGCCCCUCGACUUAUAGACAUUAAUUCACCAACAACAGCGAACUCUUCUCCUGCCAGACAGAAAGCAGCGCGCUAAACUAGGUCACAGCACAUCGGAGUUGUGGACAGAACGGUCAGAUAACGCACAGAAUGCCGCGAAGAACGCCGUUCUGACGAGAAAACGAGUGCGUUCGGCGAGCCAGGGACGCUUGCUAACAUGGUGGAGAUGCGAGUCUCCCUGCGAGAGCGCGGUUACAUAACUACAGGCUGCCGGAGCGCGUCCCCCCUCUCUCAGCCACUUCUGACAUUCACAGCGACUACUACUACUAGCAGCGCGAUGGACACUGCCACACACGCAUAGUAAAACGCGCCGAAAAUGGACUCGAAUGCUCUUUUAAGUGCCAUGGACCCGUCCAUCACGCUGUGGCAGUUCCUGCUGCACCUGCUGGAGGACGGCAGCCAUAGGCACUUGAUCUCCUGGACCUCUGGCGAUGGGGAGUUUAAGCUCCUGGAUGCAGAGGAGGUAGCGCGGCUCUGGGGACUCCGCAAGAACAAGACCAAUAUGAACUAUGACAAGCUGAGCAGAGCGCUUCGCUACUACUACGACAAGAACAUAAUCAAGAAAGUGAGCGGCCAGAAGUUUGUCUACAAAUUUGUCACCUACCCUGAUCCAGCAGCCAUGGAUGGGGCUCGACUAGGGGAGGAUUCGCAACGGCGAGAGGGUUUGGUCGACACACUCCCCCUACCCAAGGCCCCUGCGGGAGGUGCCCCCCCAUGCCUUGCCAAAAGCCUACAGGUGCAACGCUCACCACCAAGCUCAGCCCAGCGGAGCUCCCGCAAUGACUACAUGAAAUCUGGCCUUUAUUCCACCUUCACCAUCCAGUCCCUUCAGACACCCUGCCGGGCUCCCAAAGCACCCAUCAAGGCAGAGCUGUCUGCACCCACAGACUCUACCCCCAAAGCACCCAGUACUGAAAGAGCACUGCCUGAGCAGGUGCUCCUAUGUACAAUGGAGGGGAGGACGUCUGCGCAGGGGCGGACCUGUGUCGAGAGUAAUCUGCAAGUGAUAGUCACCCAGCCCUCUCCCUGUGCCACACCUGCACCUAGUCCACAGACACAGUCUGGUUUGGUCACGGCCAGCAUGACCUCACAGCCACAGAAGCCCCAAGGCCUGGGAGAUCCCCCUCAGAUCUACCUGACGAAUUUCUCAGACCCAAACUCUCUUGCCCCUCUCAUCCCCCUGGGCCACGUUGGAUCCUCAGCACCUCCUAGUGACUGUGUGGCUCCCCCCACCCAGAGCCCUCAGGUGUAUGUGGUCAUUAAACCCUCAGCAACUGUGACAUCCAAGGAGCAGGCCCUUUCCUCAGAGCAGGACCUCUUGGAGAUUGUGGGCCUGGAGGAAAAAGCAGUUGAAGAGGUGGCAGAGCUUGCACCCACACCUACUGCAGGGGGUGCUGAAGUUGCACCCACUGUGGAUGUCCUACCAUCCUGUGUGGAAGCAGCAAACCAGCUCAGUGGGGAAGCGGAGAAGGAGAUGGGGACAGAAGUGGAAAAGGAGGGGAAAAUCGAGACACAACUCCCAGAAAAUGUUAGUGCAGCCCCAGAAGCUGCCCUCCCCACUGCCUCCAUCCAGGAAGUCCAGCCGCCUAAGUCCAAAAAGCCUAAAGUCCUGGAGCUUCCCUCCUCACCUACCCAGCUGCCUCCAGGGCUUUCAUUGGACAAGGUCAAUGCAGCAGUCAACAGCCUUCUGGCCCCUGGCAGUGCCACAAACACACUCACACCUACAGUCAUCACCUCUCAUGCUCUGACCCCGGUGCUGCUGACUCCCAGCCCACUUCCCUCCACCAUUCACUUCUGGAGCACGCUCAGCCCCAUCGCCCCCCGCAGCCCGGCCAAGCUGUCCUUUCAGUUCCCAUCCAACGGGAGCAACCAGAUCCAUAUCCCUGCCUUGAGUGUGGAUGGGUUGUCCACUCCGGUGGUGCUCUCCCCAGGGCCUCAGAAACCCUGAGCCACCACCCAAACUACCCGUCAUGGAGCUUUGAGCCACGACCUGCUGCUGUAUUUCGGGCCUUGUUGGUCGCCAUGGCACCCAUUGCCCUGCCCAGCAGUAUCUCCUCUGUCAGGACCUUGGCCAGCAGUGACUUUCACAGUAUUGCAUCUCAGAGAAAGGUCUAUCUUGUUAAUCCUUUGUGUGGGCUUUUUCCUUGGUGUUUAUUUUUUUUUUUUUUUGUCUCAGCACUAGUAUUUUACUUCAUCUCUCAAGUCUGGAAGUGAAGCUGUUACUUUUGAAAAUUGUCCACUUUUCAGCUUCGCUGCAAAAAGGUGUCUUCAUCACCUGACUUUUUAAGGGGAACGAAAUUUUUGAAUUAGUCAUUACGGUGAUUACCCAUUCCAUUGCUUCUUCUUUCUCACUUUCAUUCAGUUGUAUGUCUUUUUUUCCAUUUUGAAUGGAAAAUGGGACAAAUGUAGGUAUAUUUGUUUUCCUAUUCACAUGAUGGUAAAAGAGGGUUUUUUUUCUGGGAACGGUUUCCCAUUGUCAGAUAUAAAUAUUUUUCCAAUAAUUAUAAUUCUAUAAUUAAUAUUUUGUCUUUCUGCAGUCCCCUUGCUCUCUCCUUUGGAACUGCAAUAUCGUCAUGGAAUUAUGGAAGUUCUCAUUUGUGAAAGGAUGUUUUCAUUGAAUGUCUGUUUUUAAAAAGUCUUAGCAGCUACUGGAUGGUUUUCAGCAUAAGUAGAAAUAGUUUAUUUUAUUGGAAAAGCAUUUGGAAUUGCAAUUCUUGGCCAUUCUCUUGUGUCCAUCCCUGUAUUUUUCUUGACUGUUUAAUUGGUGUUACAUUUGUUUGACAAUGCUAGGCUGAUUCCUACUAUGGAAAGUGAUUUAUGAAAUGUCAAGUGAAAUUUUGUAGCUUUGUUUUUUACGAAAACUUCAGUGGAGACCAAAGCCAGCAGUUUUGAUGAAAUUCUACACAAUAUUAAUUUUUUUAGAGCUACACUAUUUUGCUGUCAUCCAUUUAAGGGCUAUAACACUCUUUAUUCUUCUAUGCUACCAAAUGGUGAAAUUUUAAAACAGGUUUUGAGUUGCAGAUAGAAAUUGUGGUUUUAAAUAUGUGUUGAAUUUAAACAUUCUAUUAUAAAUGCCGCUGAAAUCUGUUUCAUGAUGAGAGGUAAUUGUAAAGAAAGUUACAGCAUUUACUGCAUCAAUUUUUUGUAAUUUUUAAAUUUUUUAUGCUAAUCUUUGCUGGAUAUGCAAAUAUUUGUCUGUUGCUGACAAUUCAGAUGAAAUUCACUGUUCAAAACAGAAGUGAAGCGUAUCAGAAGCACGAGGUGCACUGUAUUUUUAUGUGUUUUUAUUGGUAAUAGGAAGAUUGUUUGUUUGCCUAUUACUGUUGUGCAGUGCAUAGAGUCAAGUACAAAAUAACAAUUAUAUGUGAAACCUUUACAGUAAGCAGUAUUGUGAAUGUAUUGGAUUUAGUUUUUGUGGCCUAAAACUAGUUCUAUGAAUGUCCAGCAUUAAGAAGGUAUGUAAACAAAUAUUUGCAUAUCCAUGGAAGGACUGUAUGCACAUGUACAGAUAUAUCAUGCAGAUGUGUUCACUGUGUCAGCUGGAUUUUAUUUUUAAGCUUAUGUUGUCAUAUUUGGUUCUUGCUAGGUGCCAAUGUCAUGUGGUGUUAAGUCUGACAUCACAAAAAAAAAAAGACAAAUUGUCAUGCAGUUCUUCACAACUAUUUGUCCCCAUAGCCUACCUGCUUGUUCAAGCUACAUGUCCAGCAUCGCACUUAAAAACUCUCCAAACUAUGUAAUAGAGGAAAAUAUAUGUUCUUCUGGAAUGUACAGAACCAGUCUUUCUGCUUUGACAGUCAGACUUAAGUUCACUGGUUCUCUUUAAACUUUAUUGAAAUAAUGCAAUCAACAUGUAUUAAGAUCAAUAUUUUGCACUUUGACAAGCUUUUAAUCCACACAUUAGUUGUGGUACAUUGUAAUCCCUCUAUACUGUUAAUACUUGCUAAUGUUGCUUUAAAUUUAUUCUCCUUUUGAAGUGCUGAUUUGAAGAGUGCAGUGGUUGGACAUUAACUUUGUCAGAUAUUGUUACUGUGGACUUUUCUUGCCAUAAAAAUAUUUUAUGUUUUCAUUUUAUGGGUGAAAGAAAAGUUAUACAAGUAACAACAUGGUUACUUUUACUCUUCGUGUCCAAACCAUUUGAACUUAAUUCAAAGUCACACUUAAGCCACUUUUGUAUUUAUCCUGCUUGGCUCUCAUUGACUAUUAAUCUAAAAUGAUGUUUGAAUCCUGUUUAUGAACUUGUGAUGUCUGUUUUUGUCAAAUACAGGUGACCAGCAGAUCCAAAAAAUUUUGUAUAUGGUUAAGUCAAGAAGUAUCUGCAAUAAUGUUCAAAGUUAAAACAUUCUUGAAGAUACUUUUUCAUCUUACCCUGGUGUGUGUAUAUACAGCUGUAGUAAUGUAAUGGUUGUGACCAAGACUUACUGACACUUUGGAGGAUCAACAACCAGUAUGGCCACGUGAUAAUUUGCACUUUAGAUUUUAAUUACCCCAAUCCUGUGUAAGUUUGUAUAAAACAAAGGCACUCUUCUGUACCUGUUCUAGCCCAGGAUGAUGUACCUCCAGUUUCAAAAGUUACUUUGGAAAAUGGAAAUGUUAAGUACAAUUGUAAUGUUACUCCCAGUUUUCCUGGAUAGGCUCCGGCUCACCUUGUUCCUCCUCGGGACGAAUGGUUAUUGAAAUUUGAUGAAUUGGAUGGAUAGACGUUAGGCUUAAUUUAGAUACUUUGAACACCUGCAACACUGCAUAUGUAAAUAGAGCUUAGCCUUUGUAUUUUUCAUGUCAAUGUUGUUUACCUGAUCACUUUGUACUUGCUUGAUGCAGUGCUUUGUGUUUCACAGGGUUUGGGCAGAGAGCACAGAAGCCCACAUUAGGAGUGAGGAGUCUAGCACAAAGCCUCUGGAUUGCUGAAGGCUAAUCCUUCUCCCCAUUUAUUGUAUUACCGCACCAGCAACCUAGGCAGAUUAACCAUUGAAAGUUAUGCAUGUACAUAAUUCUAUAGCCAUGUUAAUAAUAUGAAAAGGUCACUGGUCGCCUUAACUUUUCCCUCCCUUCAUUUAACACCUCAAAAUAUAAAUCUAUUUUAAUAGUUCUGAGAAGACUUUCUAUGUGAAUUUUAUUAUUUUUUUUCUCAGCUUAUAUAUUUUCAAGAAAAGUAUAUUGAGUAAUAUGGCUUGGGUAUGGUUUUAAAAAAUGAUAAAGGCUUUAGAUUAUGCUCAAAUAAGAAUGUCACCAAAUUUAAUGUUUAAAGUGAAUGAUGGAUACUCCAGGUCUUAUAAAAAUAUUUAGUUUGAGUAGGUCCACCCCUCAAAAAACAGAAGUAAAAAUUAAGCAACUAAUUGAUCUGUUUCUCUGUUUAUGCUGGUCGUUGAUUUUGACUGCACAAUAUCUGAUAUUUACAUUUUUAUUUAUUUAGCAGACGCUUUUCUCCAAAGCGACUUUCAAUGGAUACUA